CUUGUCUCUUCGCGACCGCGAGGGUGAGUAACCGACAUUGGGAAUGGCUCACAGUUUGUUGAGCUGUGAGUCUACAGAUGUCCAACCCAGAGGACCUUCUGUCAGAGUCACUCGGAAGCCUCUACAACUACACACCCAUUACCCAUUCAUCUGCGGGAUCCACCUUCACCUACGACUACCUCGGGCGAGAGGACGAACAUGAUGGUGGUGACGACCCGACGGAGAACUAUGCCUUGGAUACCCCUUUCACCAUAACUUUGACGACUCCUGACACGCAACCAGCCAAUUGGGCACUUCAUGCCUCCUCCAUAUGGGUAUCCGCCCUUUACAUCGCUGAUCACGUUCACGAUCUACACCUCGAUCUGCACACCAAGCGUACGGCCGGCGAGGGCACUCGAUUGCGUGUGCUUGAGCUAGGAGCUGGAGCAGGGCUGCCCAGCAUCCUUAUUGCGCGACUCUACCCCACCGCGGACAUCGUGACCAGUGACUAUCCCGACGACGAGCUGAUCUCGACGCUGGCAGACAACGUCCAGAAGAACGAAGCAUUCACACAUUGUCAUGCUAUUCCGUAUGCAUGGGGCAGCGACCCAUCUCCUCUGUUCGCGCCCUUUGCGGACGUUUCAUCUAGGCGAACCGGGUUUGACGUCGUGAUAGCAGCAGACACGCUCUGGAACCCAGAGUUACACUCGAAGUUCCUCGGCUCUCUGUCGGAAACACUGAAGAAGACACCCGAUGCACGCGUCCAUUUGGUCGCCGGAUUCCAUACGGGGAGAUACACUGUAGAGUCAUUCUUGAAGGCUGUACCAGAUGCUGGUCUAGAAGUGGAGGAGGCAGCGGAGCGAGAGGUAGGGGGAAAUCGACGGAGGCCAUGGAACGUCGAUAGAGCAGAUGAGGAGACCGAAGAGGAGCGAAGACGGUGGGUGUUAUGGAUGGUACUGAAGUGGAAGGAAAGCGCAUUGGCAUAAGUGAGAUGAAAUGGGAUACCACUGUACUCUAGAUCAAUGCUUAUCACGCAUGCUGAAUCCCACACAAUGCAUUGGUGUCUGGGCUCGUGGGGGCCUCGAAGAUGA